GGCGACAGGAUGUGGUGUGACACCACGGAGUUUGCUGGCCGUCAGAACAGGAAGUUCCAUUGUCUGAGCCCCUUGCAGAAAAAGACAAGAGCGAACAGAAGGAAUAGAAGAUAGAGAGAAGGCAUCCUGGAAAAUCAAACAACCACAUCUGCCACAUAACAGUGCUGAAAACACAACCUGAGACACUAAAUAGCACAGAAGAAAGAGACCCACACCAAGUAGGACUGCCUUAUCCAGGUGAAAGCCAAGGAACAAAGAUGGAGUGUGUUUACAUUAAACAGGAGCAGGUUCUGGAAUUGGUACCUAUCUGCAUUAAACAGGAGAUGACUGACCUGGAGCCUGUCCACAUUAAACAAGAGACUGAACUGGAGCCUGUCCACAUUAAAGAAGAGGAGACUGAACUGGAGCCUGUCCACAUUCAAGAAGAGACUGAUCUGGAGCCUGUCCGCAUUAAAGAGUAUAAUGACUUGUUUAUGGAUUCAGAAAACCUAUCCCGGCCAAAGACAUUACAUCAUUGUACCGAAUGUGGGAAGAACUUCGGUCAGUUAGGAACUCUAAAAAGACACCAGCGAAUUCACACUGGAGAGAAGCCGUAUCACUGUAUUGAAUGUGGGAAAAGCUUCGGUCGGCUAGGAAGCCUAAAAACACAUCAGAAAAUUCACACUGGAGAAAAGCCACAUCACUGUUCUGAAUGUGGGGAGAGGUUCAGUCAGUUAGAAAACCUAAAAAGACACCAGCGAGUUCACACUGGAGAGAAGCCCUAUCACUGUAUAGAAUGCGGGAAGAACUUCAGCGAGUUAGGAAACCUAAAAAGACACCAGCGAGUUCACACUGGAGAGAAGCCCUAUCACUGUUUUGAAUGUGGGGAAAACUUCGUCGAGUCAGGAAGCCUAAAAAGACACCAGCGCAUUCACACUGGCGAGAAGCCGUAUCACUGUUCUGAAUGUGGGGAGAGCUUCAGUCAGUCAGAAAACCUAAAAACGCACCAGCGAAUUCACACUGGAGAGAAGCCAUAUCACUGUUCUCAGUGUGGUGAGAGCUUUAGUCAGUUAGGAAGCCUAAAAAGACACCAGCAAAUUCACACUGGCGAGAAGCCGUAUCACUGUUUUGAAUGUGGGGAGAGCUUCAGUCAGUUAGGACACCUAAAAAGACACCAGCGAAUUCACACUGGAGAGAAGCCUUAUCAGUGUUCUGAAUGUGGGGAGAGCUUCAUUGAAUCAGGAAAUCUAAAAAGACACCAGCGAAUUCAUACUGGCGAGAAGCCAUAUUACUGUGUUGAAUGUGGGGAGAGCUUCAGCCGGUCAGCAAAUCUAAAAAAACACAAACAAAUUCACAUUGGAGCCAGCCUCCCUCCCUCCCAGGCCCUCACCUCUCCACCCUGCUUGUUUGAGUGUGCGGAGAGCUGACUGAUUUCCUUGUCUUGCUCUCACCCUGCAGUAAAUGAAGGGGGUCCCCAGGAGUGAGAGCCAGCCUGAAUCCAGAGACACUGAGAAGGGGAGCAUGUCAGACUGAAGGAGACAUUCUUACAAAAUGAACUGGAGAGCCCUGGGAUUCAGCUCCACUCCUGCCAUUGAAUUGGAAAUGAAUCUCACUCAUGCUUUGAGGAUUUAGGACAGUUACAGGGUCAUUCUACUUAGAAGGAACACAUUGAAAAUAUAUGUAGGGUUGAUGAUUUUUGGUAAAACAACCCUGAUACAAAAAUAAAUAAAUAGUUACAUUGCUGUAUAGCCAACAAACAGCAGAAAAACACUGGAAAUGGUGACUCAAUUCACGUUGACCUGACCCCUUUCCCAUUAAAAAAACAAAACAAAAAAAUCUACGAACACAAACUGUCUGUCUGUGCAGUUGGGCAGAGUCCCUCCUCCCUGACUCAUAUCUAUCAUUGAUUCGUUCUGAAUACUUUAAACCCGCCCCAACUACUGAGUGGCAGCAAAUUCCUACAUUUCUAUUGGAGUCUCCGCUUGCAAGAUUUAUAAUGACAUUACAUUUGCAGUAGAAAACUUGUUCACAGGAUUUAAAGCUAUAUUACAGUUAGACCGUGAGAAACAGAAGUUAGUUAAACAGAACUGUAAAUUGUGGUGUCAUGUAAAAAAUGGCUAGGCGCACAAAAGCCCCAGAAGCAUGUUCUCGUGACCAGAAGGAUUUCAUUGUGGAAGACAGCGAAGGAAAGAAGGGACAACUCUGUGUGCAAGUUGCUACUAUUGUGACAAAAAAAAAAAAAGGCAUUUUGGAAAUUAACCGAAAACAAUAACUUUGUACGAUAUAUAAAAAGGGAAAGCACAGCUAAAAAAUCAGCACCGAAAAAUGAAAUUAGAAAAACAGAAGCCCUGAACACUAAUAUGUGAUACGACCCCAACACAUUAAACAAAGCUGCCAAUAGCAUACAUCAUAUUUUUUUACAUGUAAUUUGAGCUGUAAAAGGCAUUAAUGUAGUAAUGUGAGUGAGAACAGUGUAAGAUAUAGAAGUGAGUUGUUUAAAAGAAACUAAAACUAAGAAUAUCUUCAUGGUUGUUUGUGACAAAGUGGAAACCGGUGCAGGAGUGAUGCAGAGCGCUAAUGAAACAAACAGAGCUAUAUAAUCCGCUUUGGAAAUGUUUCUUUAUUUUUUUGUAUCCAGGUGUGGUGACCAGUAACAAUAAUAAUAAUAAACAGUAACAGGUUUGCAGACCCAAACAGUAAUAAUGAACAAGUUGUAUCUGUCCCACAAUGACACACAAGGUCACCAGUCGGGGGUGCGUGCAGUAGUGCUUGUGGGGGGUGAUGCAGUUUAUUUUUGUGACAGUAGUGCAGUGUUGUUCCGGCUUUAGUGCUGGCCCCCGGUGACAGCUCUGGAAUGAUGUUAGCCAUCUAGAGUAACAAACAAGACGAUUACCCAGACAAACAAACAAAAACACUUACAGUACUGUUUUACGGGGUCUCUCACAGUCCUCGGUUCUAUCCAAGCAAACCAAACCGAAGGAACAGAUUACGAUUCUCCAUCCCCUUUCAUGCUGUCACACAUGACCCCUUGGUAAACAAGUGCAAUCACCUCUCCAAUCUGCAGGUGCCACGUCGUUUCCCUUCCGGGUCAGUGCGCUAUUGCAACGCCCCAUUCCCCAUCCAAGUAACUGUUCUCGCUGCUUAGUGCCCUCACAGGUUGGGAGAUUUAUAACCAAGAAUCACUGUAUUUCUGUCACAGUGUGGCAGCAUUGUGUCCUUCAUGUAACUAGAAUGGCCUGUACGGCAGUGCGGACACAAGCUGAAACAACCUGGUGUUUUGUUGUCCGUUUUAUUUCAAGUGGUGCAAAUUUUGCACUUGAGCAGAUGCUGUUUUGGUUUUUGAAUGAAUGAGUCUGCUUUGCUGACUGUUUAAUUACUGAGAAACGCCAAGCUUGUUGUAUAGCAGAGUGCUGCUUCAGUGUAAUGGGAUUUUAAAUACAAUUUAUACUGUUGGUUUUUAUGGGUAGAUUGCUGUUUGUGCAAUUAUAACAGAACCACAAUAGUGAGCUAUAUAAAUAUGAAAGGUGUGAAGCAAACCAUUUUCAAAGUUGCAUUCAUUACAAAUCUGCAAAACAUCGAUGCUGUAACAUUCCCAUUAUUACCACAUUGUGCUUUAUAGAGUUUAUGAAUACAUAAACAAUCUGCUUGCUUGUAUUUUUUAUUAGUAUGCUGUCAUUAGCGUGACAAUACUGUACAUCCUAAGGCAAACUUAGCUAUUUAAAAGGAUUUCAUUGAAAUUGAGUGAGUUCCUGUACAUUUUCCAGUAUCUCUGUAUAUAAAAGGCAUGUUAUUAUGUUUCCAUCACUCCUGUAUGUAAACUUGUUGUAUGGAUGUAGUCAUUUUUUAAUUGUCCAAUGAUUCCUGAGAUAGUGAAAAAUAUCUGCAGUGGAACUGAGCAAACCCAAGAGAGACAUUGAACAAUACAAGCUUGCCAGAGGGGAAGAUGCUGCUGCAGGUUUGCUAAUACUGGCUUCAUGAAAUGAGAAAUGGAAUUCCCUGUGUAUGCUGGAAUUCCUUUGCUAGUGUAUCAUGGUGUAAACCCUGGAGUGUGGGCUCAGUCUUCUCUGCUUGUUCUCAGUGUGAGAGUUCAGCUGCAUUUCCAGUGUCCUGAGCUGGGCUUUGAACCCACUGGGGACGCAGCUGAGAACAAGCCAGACCUGCGACUCAGGAUUUUGUUUUAGAUCAAGUACAAUAUGAGCAACCUCAUACGUGUAACUGUUUUAUUGAUUUUAUUUUUUUUUUUUUCCUAUGAAAUUAUUAAGACUUGUAAUCUUUGCAUUGUGUUGCAAUUUUAGACAUUUUCACUUUCCAUAUUAAAAGCACAGCUACGGACAGAAGUUUUGCAUCACCACAAAUUUUAGGAUUGAGACAAAAAAGAAACUACAUGAAUAUAAUUUAGAUAUUUUAUUUAACAUCAUGUAACAAAAAACAAUUACAAAAUUGUAUCGCAAAACUAAUCCACAAUAGUUGGAGAGUAUUUCAUGCUCGAUAUGGAAAUGUCACAUUUUUUAAAUUGUCAGCAUAUGGAAAACUGGUAUGUGUUGGGGAUUGGAUUGUGGUAUUAACAAUUUUUUUCAUACAUACUCGAAGUUUAGGCUGACAUUCUUGGGAGGGAUUGUUUAUCACUCUGUAAUGUCUCUGAUAUUGUCACCAUGCAAACCUAGAAUAAUAAACACUUCAACACUAAAACCUAGAGUGAUCAUCACACUUACCAUCUAUGUGCCAAGUGUCAUUCAGGCCCCCUGUUGAGUACUGGCGCCUUGGAAUUUUGCAGUGGCCUGGUUGACAUUUUAGGAGCCUACUCUCAUCCCGAAGCCUCAUUACUUCAUGCACACCAUCGUAAAACUAAAAGGUUGCACUUAUUUCUUGUACAACUGCACAUGAUGUACUGGUAUUCUAAAAUCAUACAUAUUGAAAAAGUAUACAUGUAAAUUAUUAAAUAAAUAAGGCUAUCUUAUUGAAUUGUUUGUAAAUUACACCAAUAGUUGAAAAACUAUUUAAAAUUAAUUAAUUAUUAAUUAUUUUUAAAGAAAAUCGAUGCAUGGACAUCAAGUUUAUUUGCACAGAUUGAAAUAUAAAAGAGCAAAAUAAUUUACAAGAUCUUUUUUCCCCACAAUAUCCUCAAUCACCCUCUCCAUUUCUUAUGCUCCAAUAAGGCUCUAAUGACAUACUCUCCUUAAAAAAGAUAAAAAUGAAAAGGACCUAAUUUAAUACAGAAUACAUUACAUUUGCUUCAAGCAUUAAUUGUUCCUCUGAGACUUAAUUGGUAAAGUUAUUGAAUUAACUAGAUGCAUUUAACACGUAUCCAGGCACCAGAAUAUUUUAGAUGCAAACUGUACCUUGAAUCAAAUUUUAAGCACAUUUUAAACCAUCAACUGUAAAAUGAUUUGAUCAAUGAAGUAAUUAAGAGCAGAAUUUGGAAAGGGAAAUGGCCAGGAUCUGAGUGUGACACCCUCCCCCCCGGUUUAAAGCAUGUCUUUAGCAACAGGUUGUUUCUGGAAUAUUGUAAAUGAAAAAUAUUAUAAAGUUCAAACCUGCAUAGCUGUUAAGGGGAACUCGAGUUGUUUUUGUGUGUGUGUGU